AAAGAUCUAGGGCUAUAAAUGUUCCUUCAUUGAAAGAGACAAUAAAACUUCAAUUGGUUGCAUUUGGAAGUUACAAAAUGAACCAACCUUUCUUCGUAGCCUCAAGGAACACGUUUUUGCGUGCCAAGGUAUUUCACAUAUCAAAUCCAGAUUCUCAAGACUCAUGAAUGAAGCACUCCGUUUUUUUCCUUCCCCGUGGGUGGAGGCAUCGUCGACCCUACAAAUACCUCCCCCCCCAGCUGGAUCACUUACACUUUUAGAGGCGUGACGCACGCAACAAUCUCAGAGCCCCUCUUGGAUUCCGGUACACUUCGGUUUGGAUAACUAAAAACAACGAUGGCAGUGAUAAGAAACGAGGUUUUCUCCUGUUUUGUUUUCUACGGCGUGCUUCUGGUGAUCAAAAUGUACAUUAUAGCGAUAAUAACGGGACAAGUGAGGCUGCGUAAAAAGGCUUUUGCCAACCCUGAAGACGCGCUGAGACACGGAGGUUUACAGUACCACAGAGAGGAUCCAUACGUGGAAAGAUGCCGAAGAGCUCAUAUUAACGACAUGGAGAACAUCCUACCCUUCCUGUUCCUGGGUGCCAUCUACUCCCUGACUGGACCUUCACUGGCUGUGGCUCGCCUUCACUUCCUGGUCUUCUUCAUGGCCCGUGUGCUGCACAGCGUAGCCUACCUGUUUGCCUUGCGAGCGCCGACCCGCUCUCUGGCAUACACCGUCGCACAGAUACCUUGUGUUUCCAUGGCGCUGCAGAUCCUAAUAGCAGUCGCAGCAUAUGCUUAAUAUUCUGAGAUGAGGGACUGAACUAGUUCUUCAAUAGAUGGAGGUUACGAUCUGUGACCUGUGUGAGAAAAAAGCAGGAGGAGGAUACCUGAGAGGCCUCUUGGGAGGCAGAAUAGAAAAAACGAGAAUGUCAAUGAGAGUGCAAUAUAAGGUGUAAGAUUACACCAAUGCUGGGGUUUGUGAGAUUUAAUCAGUAUUUUUGUUUUAUUUACAAAGUUGAAAUGUGAGAAUGUCUUUAAAGUUAUUUGAAGCUGAAGUCAUCUUGUACUGUACACAAGUAUUUAAAAUGCAAAUGAAGGUUGUUGCUCAUAUUCGUCUUUUUAACCAGGUUUCGUUGAAAUAACCUGAAAGAUUACUGACAGACGGUUGUAGACAUUUAGUUUAAGCCACUUUGGGACAUUUUCCAGCACUGUAUGUUGAUCCACUGCCUCUUUGUGUAUACACACAACACAGACCACCAUUCAUGUGGUGUCGUAUCCUCCGCAGCUUCAUCUGUUUCCUGUGAGGAUGUUCCAUCUGUUGUGUCAUUUGUUUGCAUGCUACAUUCAACAAAAGUAUAGUGGAUCCUGGUGUGAUGAUGUGCAGAAACUCUAUGCAGCAUAGAUUGUAAUAACACGCACUGGAAUACAACUUAAUGCUCCUUUAGUGUGAGUGAAACUGUCUCCCAUGUUCCUUUUAAAGGAUUUGGCUGGCAAUUUUCUAUAUUUCAAGAAUUCUCAUGUGCAGAGCCAAACCAGCAAUGAACUGAUCUACUUACUUAGGUAUUAUGUGUGUAUUCAAAGUCUGACAUAUUGUAUUCCUUUGAGCCUUAGACCUCCGUUGUCCAAAAACUAUUAAAAACACAUCAGUGAGUCACACCCUUGCACUGGGUGACAUGUUCCUGCACUACGAAGAUUGCGGUCGCUGUAAUUUGUUUAGAAAUGGCUCCAAAGACUGAUAACAGCGAUCAUGAUUUCAGUCUCCGGAGAAUAGUUCUGUGUAAGGCUUUGCUACAUAUCACAACCUUUUGAUUUUGUAUUGAAUUUCUUUGAGAAAUUUACAAUGU